AAUUUUCACGAAGAAAGAUGAAAGGCUAAUAAAUGCCUCUCUCUUUCUCAUUUCUCAAUUUUAAUGCCGUCUAGCAAACGAAGAGGUUCUUCAUCGCAGUUAUGAACAUGAAGGACCAACGAAGUCUCCAAUUCCAGUCAUCAGAAAUGGAUCCUGCCAUAUGGAGCCGUCUGCCCAAGGAUCUUUUGGAGCAUAUUCUCUAUUUUUUGCCUCUCAAAACGUUCUUGAAUUUGAGAUCAACAUGUAAGCAUUUCAAAUCUCUGCUAUUUUCACCUUCUUUCGUGUCUAAAUACUCCUCCUCUUCUUCUUCAAAUUUCUCUUCUUUUAUCUUGCUUUCUCAUCCACAGUGUUAUCGUCACUUUCCUCUUUAUGACUCCAACCUCGGAACCUGGCGCUAUUUGUCUCGCGCCCUCUCUGGUUUGUUACCGUUCGCCGCUGGUGUUCCUUCUACUCUUUUGUCUUCCUCUAAUGGCCUCCUUUGCUUUUCCCUUCCCACCUUGUCUUCUUUUCUUGUCUGCAAUCUGUUGACCAAGUCUUCUAGAAUCAUUAAGUUCCCCACUUAUCCUUUUGCUUUUGAGUCACUAACUUUGGUUUCUACGCCUUUGGGUUAUAAAAUCUUUAUGUUUUCCACAAAAUUUUCUUGGAAUUACUCUUUUGUUUAUGAUUCAAAGGACCUUUGUUGGAGAACAUUUGAUGUUUUUGAGUCGAUUCUGGGCAACAAUAAUCAUCAAGAGACCGUAUUCUGUAAUGGGUCAUUGUAUUUUACAACACCAGAGCCGUUUUCAAUUGUGAGCUUUGAUUUGGACAGGGGAAAAUGGGACAGAAUCAAUAGUAACUUGCCUACUGAGGUUACUUUUGUGAGGCUGGUGAGUGAUGGUGAAGGGAAAUUGUAUUUGAUUGGUGGAGUUGGAAGAAAUGGGAUUUCAAGGAGCAUGAAAUUGUGGGAAUUGGGCGAUGAAGGGACAUGGAUUGAGGUGGAGAGCUUGCCAGAAUUGAUGUGUAGAAAAUUCAUGUCAAUUUGUUAUCACAAUUAUGAGCAUGUUUAUUGCUUUUGGCAUCAAGGGAUGAUCUGUAUUUGCUGCUACACUUGGCCUGAAAUUUUGUACUUGAAGGUUUCUAGAAGAACUUGGCAUUGGCUGCCAAAAUGCCCUUCAAUUCCAGAGAAGUGGAGCUGUGGUUUUAGGUGGUUUUCUUUUGCUCCAGAGUUGUAUGCAUUGGUUUGAAUCAUGUACCACUGAUUUUGCCAUUUUUGUGUUGUUGGAUUGGUCUUUUUUUGUUCAUUUGUUCCUUGCUCUUUGCGGUAUGAAUGUAUAUAAAGUCAAAUUCUAUAAUUCAGCUAGUUUCACGUGUAAUAUUUGUCCGUUUGUUUCUGAUUUUCCUUCACAUUUAUGAUAUCCAGCUCCCUGAGUCGAAAGCUAUUUUUGCA